GAUUAAUCGUAUUUGUUUUGUUUACAAUUACAAAUGUGUAAUAAUAUUAGUAUAGUAUACUAUUUACUACUGUUUAAUAUUUAAGUUUUUAUUUUAUUAAAUCAACGUUAUUAUUACGAACAAUAUUAGACUAUAAUAUUCAAUAAACUUUUAGUUGAAUCAGUCGUAAUAACUUUAAAUUAAUGUUUAUGUAAAUAAAUUCAAUACAGAUUUUAUAUAAUUGUUAUAGAUAGUAGGCAUAUACUUAAAGCAUUCAAACUGGCGUCUUUCGAUGAAAAUAAUGAAUUUGAAAGCAAGAAACGAAAAAAGCAUAAAAAAGAUAAAUACGAAGAUAAGGAGAAGUCUGGCGGCUUGAAAUUGAUAUUAAAAGUUGGCAGUGGAAGUUGUUUGCCUGCUGAUGAAAUAGUUAGUAAUACUAAUGGUAAUCAUGAAACUAAUGAUUAUUUAUCUAAAUCACAUAAGAAGAAAAAGAAGAAACACAAGCAUCAUAAAGAGAAGAAAAAAAGAACGCGAGAUGAUAUCACAAUUCAUGAAGAAAUAAGUUUAGGCGAGGAGACUUUAGCAGAAGCUCCAAUGUCAAAACGGCCUACAAAUUUUGAAAACAACAGUAGGGUCACAGCAAACUCUACUGAGCCUCAAAAUGGUGAAUGGAAAUCGGAAGAAACAAGCAACGCAAAUGAAAAUCGGCAAACUUUGCAACAAUUAUUAACACAUUUGCUUAGAGCUUUGGAACGCAGAGAUCCUCAGCAAUUAUUUGCAUGGCCCGUUACAGAUCGUAUUGCUCCUAAUUAUUCUCGUCUUAUAUCUAAGCCAAUGGACUUUGAAACAAUUCGCCGAAGCAUUCAGAGUGACCUUUAUACUAGUUUGAAUGCAUUUGUUGCAGAUUUUAAAUUGAUGUGUGAAAAUGCCAUGACAUAUAAUCAACCAGAAACGAUUUAUUAUAAAGCAGCUAAACGACUUCUUCAUGCUGGUUUAAAAUUAACAGGCCCAGAAAAAUUGAAAACCCUGUUAUCUGCAUUACCUGGAAUGGCUAAUAUACCUCCAUCACAGCUGGGCUUUGACAUUAACCAAGAAUAUCACGGAGAUACUUCGAACGAUACAAUUAUUGAAAAUAUUGAACGAUCUUCUGAACGUUUGCAUGAUAAUGACCUAUUAAAUCAGCGAAAAAUUAUAUCUAAAUUUGAGGCAAUACCUGAUAAUUUGACACCAGAUGAAAUUCUUAAACAAGCACAAAAUGCUGCAAAAGCGGCUUCUGAAAAAUUGGCUACAAAAAAUACCAAGAUGGGAUUCUUAAAACAACAAAACAAUGGAUCCACAUCACUAUCAAUUUUAGUGCCAAAUGAUGGAAUCAACCCUGAAACAGGUGAAAGGCCUGUUCUCUUGGGAUCAUUAAUUGGAAAACUAAGUCAUGGGGUAGGAUCAAUUCCAGGUUUCCGCGAAGACAGGCGUAACAUGGUUAAAACUGUUAAACCAUUAUAUUAUGGCGCAUUUGGUUCGUAUGCUCCAACAUAUGAUUCAACUUUUGCCAAUUUAACAAAAGACGAAUCAGAUUUAGUUUUGAGAACUUAUGGCGAUGAAGCAUCUGCACAAUAUGCAGAAAGCAUUUUAAAUUUUACAAAAGACUCAGAUUAUGCUAUGACUAUGGCAGAUAAUUUGCUUGAUUUAAUGACUGGUGGUGAUCAUCGUAAAACAAAGCGUGUAUUAGAUGAGCGAAAAAAGCAACAGAUUGUUUUAGAUGAUAGCAAGAAAUCAAUUAGUCAGUUACAUCAGCCUUCAUCAUGUCAACCCUUAACAACUUCACUAAUUAAUACUGGAGGUUCAACUACUACUACUGCAAAUCAAACUAAAUCUGCUCCGAUACAAAUCGAUCAGCUAAAAUCAUUAUCAGAACUUGGAAUUGACACAAAAUUUAUAGAUUAUUAUCAAGAACAAAGUGUAUUUCAAGAUAGAUUGGAUCAUGUUGGUGGGUUGUUGGGACGUUUACAAAACGUACAAAAUCAACGACUAAGUGCUCCUCUUCCUCAACAUCUUUCACAAAUAGCACAUCCAUCACCGCAGGAAAUUCAAUUAGCGGAUAAAAUAACUGAAUCCCUUGCUGAAAAUUUAAAAAGAGUCCCACCUUCAGCCGUGAUGUCUGUCACUGGUGUUCGUAAAGCAAUGGGUAUCGCACAAAUAUCCCAUUUGGAGUUAAAUCAAAAUAACUGUCAUCCCCCAAAUUUAGUAAAUCAUGGAUCAUCUCAUCAACAGACACAGGUAUCAUUAAUGGGAGAUGGAAUACAAGACCGUGUGGAAGGUGUUGAAGGUACUGUGUCCGGUGUUGAUUUAGAAUCUGAAUUAAGAGAAUUUCUUGAGAGUGAUCCUACUCUAACUAGUUUUCCAUUGCAUGAUGAAAAUGAUCGAACAAUUGAAGAGAUAUUAUCUGAAUCAUAAUUCUGUAAUUAUAUGAAUUAUUGGUGUUUUUUUUUUUAUAUUAAUAUUAAAUUGUAACAAGAUGUUGAACUUUUAAAAUUUGUAUGAGAAAUUAAUGAAAAUAAAUUUUGUAACUUGUAAGUGUAGUUAUUAUGUGCAGUUAGUUUUUAACUAACACUUGUAUUAAAUUCUGCAAUUUAAGUAAAUAUUUUUUGAAUUUGUAUCUUUAAAAUGCAUAUAUUACAUUUCCUGAAUUUUCAA